CGUCGGAGAAAGAAAUUUUGACGUUUAACUUUAUUUCGUAAUAUUGGCAACAGGCUGCAAUGUUUAUAUUUUCUUUUUCAUAUUUAUACAUCUGCGAGUAUAACAUUUUACUUAUACAUUUGCUCCGAUAAAUGAAUUUUCCGUUGACUAUCUUAAUAAUAAUUCUACAGGUCCAUGUUUCCAUUAGUGAAUUCAAUAUCAAUGAUCAUAUAAAAAAUUACGAGUUCGCUGAAUACGUAAUAAGGACUGAAAAUGGUGAAAAUGAAUUUUCCGAACAUGAAGUAAGGAAUUUAAAAUUCCACCGGAAAAGCACUGAAAUUCACAUAAAAACUGCCAAGAGAGAGUUUACCUUAUUGUUAUAUGAAGAUGAUUUAUUUCGCACAAUUCCAAUUGAAGCCUACCAAUUUGGAGAGUUUACCAAAAAUUAUUGCAACGUUACGACGAUUUAUGAGGGUUUUGUGAAAAAUCGCUCGCUUUUUUCCUACGUUAUAGGUUAUCUUUAUGAUGGAGUUUUUUCUGGUAAUAUUUUUGAUGGUGAGGAUAUGUUUAUCAUCGAACCAAUUCAAACUUUCGCUAGAAAUACGAGUGGCUCUCAAAAAGCUAUUUUCUAUAACAUUCAAAACCUAAUAACCAUUGAAGGAAACCAUUCAGAGAAUGUGACGUCUUUUUCUCGGCAACCCUUGAAAGUCUCAUAUCGUACAGCAAAUUUUACCCUUCAUUCGGCUCCUCGUGUUUUGGGUUUAGUUUACAAACUGCGUGAUAUGUUUUGCGAACUGGAAAUUGUUGCAGACCAUAAAUUAUAUGAAUUUUUCCAAAAAGAUACUGAACGAUUAUCUGCCUACUUAUAUUAUCAUGCCAAAUAUGCUGACAAAAUUUUCAGAAAAACUGACUUUGACUUUGAUGGCAAACCUGAUGGUAUAAGAAUUACAGUUAAGAAAAUUUCGAUUUAUAAAACUCCUUUUGAGAGCAACUAUCCCAUGCUUAACGCGAGUGGAAUAACAGACUAUCUGUUGCGAUUGGUCAAAAGAAAGCAAGAGGAGCAAUUCUGUCUCUCCUUCGCUUUUACUUACCAAAAUUUUUCUGGCUACGUUAUUGGGGAAGCAUUCAAGCCAGAUUUAGGACUAAUUGGUGUAAUAGGAGGGAUAUGCGAUGAUCCGAAAGUAACGCCAAACAACACACUCCUACAUUUCAAUACUGGUGUUAUAAAUCUUUAUGUGAAUCGUGAUGAAAUGUUACCGCUAGCUGUUUCAUUGCUUGCGUUUACUCAUGAGCUAGGUCAUAACUUCGGAAGUGAUCAUGACCCACCCCAUUUCAAUGCUUGCUCAUUUGAGGGACACAUAAUGAGCGAGCGUGUGAUGCCAGGUUCGAAAAAUUUUGAAUUCUCCCCUUGCAGUCGAGCAGAAAUGUCGGCAAUUAUCAAAGUAAAGGGUAUCUGCCUAAAAGAAAGAGAUAGUAUCUGUGGGAACUUAAUCAGAGAGGGCGAAGAAGAAUGCGACUGUGGUUGGAGCUCGAUUUGUGAAUUUAUGGAUCCUUGUUGCAACCCUAUGGAUGUCAAACUUCCAGAAAUUGGUUGCACCAUAAAAUCUGGUGCCAGUUUUGAAUGCAGCAGGAAAGAGAGUGACUGUUGCUUGGAAAAUUGCACUAUAGUGAAAGAUACGAAAAUGCCGUGCUAUGUUGACAAUUUUUUGUGCUUGAAAAGUUUUUGUGAUGGAAUUAAUCCUGUUUGCCUUCCUCCCGUAAUAGAUGAGUCCUCUUAUUCCUGCGGCAUCAAACAAUCAACACACACUGGAAAUAAUGACAACAUUUCCAUUUGUGAAUCACAUGGAUAUUCAGAUUGUACUUGCUCACGAGAUAUAAAGGAAAUAUGCGUCAUGUGUUGCGAAAAUCAAGAGUCAUGUUUACCGGCGUCAGUUCUUGGGCUAUUUGAUUCAUCUGGGAACGAAUACUAUCACAAAAUCGGGACUAGUUGCUACAAUGAGAGUUUCUAUUGCGAUGGAUUGGGAAACUGUGUGAGAAAAGAUUUACAGAAAGAAAGAGAUAUAGCUCUAUAUGUAGCAUUAUCUGUGAUAUUGGUCAUUUUUUUCAUUCUUUUAGGCAUUGUUAUAUACUUAAAAUACAGAAAAGAACAUUUUCUUAUGUCAAAUCAUAGUUCUCAAUGAAAUAUUUACUCUUUUUAUAAUAUUGAAUUCAUGUUAUGCUUUAUUUCCAAAACUGCCACAUUUUCUGACUAGCAAUUUGUAGCAACUUUAAGGCAAUUUAUACAUUUUUGUAAUGUUUAAGUUUGAAAUUGAAGAACGUUAAAAUAUGCAACUGAUGAAAAGUAACAAAAAUAUUUUCUGCACAUACCUAGAACUUACACCAUUUACCAUUUAUAAUCACCCUCAAAGUUUUACUCGCCAUCAUACAUGCCCUAAAUAAUCUGCUUAGAACGUUUCGGUUUUCACGCAUUCUACAGAGUGAUUCAGUAGAGCUGUUACUAAAGUAAAGAGAAUUCAGGAGAGCUUUGCAUGAGAAUUGAGGAUUGCAUAGCAAACCAUGUUCGGAAAUAUCAUCGAACGCAACUAGAAGUGCCUCCCAGUUACGAACUGGCUAAUCAUGUGCAUUUGAAACGCUAGAUUUUUCUCUUAUUUAUUAAAAACAUCUAGAU